UUCAUACACGAGAACAGUUGACUCAACAUAAAGCGGAAUAGUUAUUUAAUACGCAUUUAAGAUGCAGAAAUAUCGCUUUUGUGAACUACUUGCUAUUAGUAUUCUUUUAUUACAAAUUGUGGCUUCACAAAUUCAAAAUGGCUGCUCUGAAGAUCAAUUCAAAUGCAGAAAUGGCGAUUGCAUAGCUGCUACUUCGAUGUGUGAUCUUAAAAAAGAUUGUCAGGAUUAUAGUGAUGAAUCAUUUGAGGCGUGUCAUGAAAUGAAUUGUCCUGUACAUAAAUGCUCAUAUGGUGGCUGCUACAGCCAAGAGCAAUAUUGUGAUAGUCAUCAGGAUUGUUGGGACGGUACAGAUGAAUUUAAGUUCAAUUGUGCAGAAAAGGAUCAAAAUCAAUUGAUGGGCGAUUGUCGUAAAGAGGUUUAUGCGGAGUUUCAAUGCCUGACAUCCAAGGAAUGUAUACGUUAUACUCAAUUAUGCGAUGGAACUGAGAACUGUAGGGACGGGUCAGAUGAGUCUAAUGAAUUAUGCGUUGGAGCGCAAUGUGGGGAAGAAUCCUUUCGCUGUUCCUACGGAGCCUGCAUUGCAAGAACAGCUGCUUGUGAUCAUAAUAUUGAUUGUCGCGAUAGUUCGGAUGAGUUGGCCCCUAUUUGCAAUAAAUGGAAUAAAAAACCGUUGGAAAUUGAAUGGUCUAUAUCCCGAUGGAAGAUUACAAAUGCUUCCGUUAUUCAUAGACCCGAAAUUGAAUUACUUACAACUAAGACUCCAGAUCUAUUAGGCAAUGAAGAAAGCUGCAGUGUGCCAUAUAAUAAAAAUGUAAUCCAUUUGAAAAGCAUGUACAAUGCAAUGCCAUACAUCAAUGGUAAUCCAGUGCCCCAUGGGAUGUCGGUUCGUCUCUCAUGCAGCGAGGGAUAUGGACUAAUAGGUGACGACGUAAAUACAUGUGAUAAGGGCAAAUGGAGGGCAUCCUGGGCUGAAUGUAUUAAGACCUGCGAACGUUACAAGAUCAUUAACGAUCCUAGCAUUGAAGCGACUUGCAUCUUCGAUGGACAGGUCAAAGAUUGUGCAAAAGAUCCACUUUAUGUUAACACAGAAAUAGAAGCUCAUUGUGCUACUGGAUAUAAACCUAAUAAUAAUCAUCGUCCAAGCGGAAAUCAAAUUUGUGACAUUACUGGCUCGUGGCAACGUAAACCUCUCAGUUCUCCUACCUUCAAAUGUAAACCUGAUUGCGGCAAGACAUUUAGCACAGUCCAAGGUCGUCCGUGGAUUGUCAGCAUUUACAAACAUACCCACAAUGAGGUUUACGAAUAUAUGUGCCUAGGCACAAUAAUAGAUCCGAGAUAUGUGAUUACUGCUGCCAGUUGCUUCGCUUCAGAUCCCCCCCCGCUCACGCAAUACUGACUGUGCUGGGCAAUCAUACAAUUGGCUUUAACCAGGCUGAGGAGAACGGCUUCGAUACAAUGACGAUUUCUCAUAUUUAUGCUGGCAGAAAUCGUACGGUGAUACUCGAAAUGAUAAAUCCUUUCAAACUCUCUGCCAAUAUUCGUCCCAUUUGCUUGGGUAAUAUUGCUAAUAAUCUCAUAAAUAAUAAUACUGAGGAUAACGUGUUGCCUGGAACGCCGUUGGAAUAUUAUAAUUCAAUUUCACAAACUUACACGCUGACGCAUAUUGCUGAUAACAAUAGAAAUUUUAUUGAUCUCAGAGGCAUCAGUAAUAACAUAAAAAUAGAUUUAAGGCGGUAUGAAAUAAAAAAAUAGGCAUUUGUAAAGUGAAUUAACAACCAAUGCAUUGAG